GUUUAGACCAGGAAAGAGAAGCAUGGUCCGCCGUAUAUAGAGCCGGGUAAAGCAUGAAGCUGUACUGCUUGUCUGGGCAUCCGACUUUACCAUGCAACGUACUCAAGUUCAAAUCUACCACCAUCAUGUUGGACUGUGGGCUCGAUAUGACCUCAGCUCUCAACUUUCUCCCGCUGCCUUUGGCCCAGAGUCCAAGGCUAUCCAAGCUCCCAGGAUGGAUCUUAAAAGAUGGAAGCAUUUUCUUGGACAAGGAGCUGAAAGACUGUUCUGGACGUGUCUUUGUGGACUCUGUUCCUGAAUUUUGUUUGCCAGAGAUGGAACUGAUUGACUUGUCUACAGUGGAUGUGAUCCUGAUCUCCAAUUACCACUGCAUGAUGGCCUUGCCCUACAUCACAGAACACACAGGGUUCACUGGAACUGUGUAUGCCACUGAGCCAACGGUGCAGAUUGGCAGGCUUCUUAUGGAGGAAUUGGUCAACUUUAUAGAGCGAGUGCCAAAGGCUCAGUCUGCCUCCUUGUGGAAGAAUAAGGAGGUGCAACGGAUGCUUCCUGCACCACUGAAAGAUGCUGUUGAAGUUGCAACAUGGAGAAGAUGUUACAACAUGCAGGAAGUUAAUUCUGCACUCAGUAAGAUCCAGCUGGUGGGAUAUUCCCAGAAAAUUGAGCUUUUUGGUGCAGUACAAGUCUCCCCUCUCAGUUCUGGUUAUGCCCUGGGCAGCUCCAAUUGGAUCAUCCAGUCACAUUAUGAGAAGGUUUCCUAUGUCUCAGGAUCCUCACUCCUUACAACACAUCCACAGCCCAUGGACCAGGCGUCUCUUAAGAACAGCGAUGUUCUCAUCCUGACUGGACUCACCCAGAUUCCCACCGCCAAUCCGGAUGGAAUGGUGGGCGAAUUCUGCAGUAACCUUGCUCUUACAGUUCGAAAUGGGGGGAACGUGCUGGUCCCUUGCUACCCCUCCGGAGUGAUCUAUGAUCUUUUGGAGUGUCUCUAUCAGUACAUUGACUCUGCCGGACUCUCCAACACCCAGUUCUACUUCAUUUCACCUGUGGCAAACAGCUCUCUCGAGUUUUCCCAGAUCUUCGCUGAAUGGUUAUGUCACAACAAGCAGACAAAAGUAUACCUACCAGAACCUCCCUUUCCACAUGCAGAGCUCAUCCAGUCCAACAAACUGAAGCAUUACCCCAGCAUCCAUGGAGAUUUUAGUAACGACUUCAAGCAGCCUUGUGUGGUGUUCACCGGGCAUCCCUCGCUCCGGUUUGGCGAUGUUGUGCAUUUCAUGGAACUGUGGGGGAAAUCCAGUCUCAACACCAUUAUAUUUACAGAGCCUGAUUUCUCUUAUCUGGAUGCAUUGGCCCCCUACCAGCCACUGGCCAUGAAGUGUAUCUAUUGUCCAAUAGACACCAGGCUGAAUUUUAUCCAGGUGUCCAAACUACUCAAAGAAGUACAGCCUCUCCAUGUGGUUUGUCCUGAGCAAUAUACUCAGCCUCCUCCAACCCAAUCCCAUCGCACAGAUUUGAUGGUUGACUGCUUGCCUCCACCCAUGUCCUACCGUAGAGCAGAGGUGCUAACUCUUCCAUUCAAACGCCGCUAUGAGAAGAUUGAAAUCACCCCAGAGCUUGCAGAUUCACUGGUACCCACCGAGAUGAAACCAGGUAUUUCCUUGGCAACUGUUAGUGCUGUUUUGCACACUAAAGAUAACAAGCAUGUACUCCAGCUCCCACCAAAACUCCCCCAGCCUCAGCCUGGCAAAAAGAGGAAGAGAGUAACGGAUGACGUGCCGGAACUCAAGCCUACCAAACCUCUCCUAAGUGGCUCUAUCCCAGUAGACCAACUGGUACAGACUCUGGAAAAGCACGGCUUCAGCGACCUCAAAGUGGAAGAUACUCCAAAAGGGCAUCUGGUGCUAUUCCAGGAUGUGGAAACUCUAAUCCGCAUUGAAGAAGAUUCGACCCACAUCAUGUGUGAGAAUGACGAGUCGCUUAGGGUGAAGCUGCAGGACCUGGUCCUCAAAUUCCUGCAGAAAUUCUAGACUUUAUCCUGUUCACACGCCCUGCUCUCUUUAACCUUCUGAAGAGGGAGAAGCCUAAACCAAGGAUUUGGGGUUACAGAUGGGAGGGGGGGCAAGCUUGAAAACCACGUCUGCAGUUGCACACCUUUGAUUUGUGAGAGACUCAACAGGUAGGCAUGCUGGUCUCUCUCCUGGAAGGAAGAUGAUAAGAACCACUGUUUAUAUGAGCCAAAGUUAAGGAGAACUGAUUAAUUCUACCUAGGCACCUUGCUAUAAAAAUGCCCUUCUCUUUAUUAACUGCCGUGUAAAAGAUGGGAUUUAGCUGAUAUUACAACUGCGACAGAAUCCAGAACAGUUGAUGGAAGAGCCUUUCCUGCCAUCUGUCCUUUUCUUUCUUUUUUUUUUUACUGAAAGUGGAGGAGAAAUAAAUGUUAAAGAUGCAUUUAGUUUCAAGCUUAAUUUUAUUUUUUAAAGUUUGUAAUACUGAACUUCUUGAUACAGACCCUAAUAAAAUACAGACCUGCUUUGUUUUAACUGAUGGCUCAUUUUUAAAUACACGAUAAACAUAAUGCUAAGAAAUUACUUCUUAGCUGGAGGUUAUGCAGAAGCUGCAUUGGGCUUUCACAUGUAUGGAAGUAGCAUCAGCGAUAGAACAGAUAUUUCCCCUAACCUCACCUCAGACUGGAA